AUGUCUCAUUCAAAUGCGUCACCCAAGUAUCGUCUCGCAGUGUCUGCGGGACUGGACUAUGAUCACGCAAAGCACCAAUCUGUUCAGGUCAACGGCGAAACUCUGCGGCUAGAAGAUGAUCGCGCAAGCUUCGAUUUGAACGUUCGUAUUCAGGACUACACUGGAUACCCCGAUUCUUCACCUAAAACAAGUCCUUACUUUGAGCAUCCUCUGCACAAGAACGACCAGUACUCAAUCUGCUUCACUUUCACUCCGAAACAGGACAUAAAUGGCAAUGACCUGGUUUUUGGUAAUGACUUUGACAAGCCGCUUCGUCACCGUCUGCCACCGGGUUUCAACGCAGCUCUUCGCGUUGUCAAAUGGACCAUCGACUCAUCGCUAGAUGGAGACGCAUACGCCGACAAGCCAUAUCUUUACAGCCCCGCAUUGGCGUCAUGGAACCAAUUUCGCAUCGGAGAGAAGGGCCAGGCGCAGAGCUCGCUCAUGGAGAAAGACCUUGUGGUAGAAGAAGGUGCCGAUGGGCAGGGUCUGGAGGAACGCUCCAAGCUCGAUAUUCCGAGCACUGCAGCGGAGCGCCAGAAAUUCUUCCAGAAGGAGAAGAAUCGCGAGUCAUUUGUGUUUGAAAUUGGUCGGACGUACAUGGCGGAUUUUGGCAACCAGUAUCUGUCAUUCAGUGAAACUGCCAUUCGGCUACCUGGUAUACAUAUUCCUGUGUCGGGAAUGGUCGACGAGGAUAAUCAUGAGCUACGAUAUGUCCUCAAGGAUAAUAAGACUGGGGAGGUGUACUUGGUCGUCUCGUACAACCUGAUCAAACAGGAUUCUGAGAAUGCGGCGCAAGAGGAAUCAAAGUAG